GCCGAUCUGCGCGCCAAGAUUCGCCAGCGACCACAAGACGACGAAGAGAAGGGCGUUUUGGCUUCGCGGCCGGCGUGGGCGCUGACCAAGGACAAGGCCGAGAGCAAGCGCGACCAGCAGGACGAAGACAGCGUCGACGACCUCUUGGCGUUCGCCAACAACCUCGACAUUGACACGUUUCUUGGCGACGUCGAGCUCAAGGCCCAAGUCGCGCAGGUCGACGAGCAGCUCGCGCAGCUCCAGGAGCUCGUCAACCAAGAGGAGGCUGACGAGAAAAAGGGCCAAGUCCGCGAGCGCCUCCAGCAGGAGAGCCUCGAGCGGCAGUACCUUAACGCGGCGACGCUCGCGCGGCUGAGUGCGCGUGACGCCAAGGACAACGACGACGACGACGACACCAAGAGCGUGGCGUCGACGGUGCUUUCGGAAUGCAAGUCGAUCCGGUCCGUGCACUCGACCAAGUCUGUGCUCGCACUCACCAAGCGCGCCGAGCAGAAGCUGUCGCUGGACCCGAUCCCGGAGCCGCACGUGGUGACGCACGACGAAGAGAGCGGGACACGGCUCCUCAACAAACACCUCACGAGCAACCUCCCCUACAUGCACCGCAACCCCGCUGUAUAA